AUGUCCUUUUCAUCUUCAAAGUGCCAGUUUUUGCUGUUACAAGAUCGACAGGAACCCGUUCCUGCGCAUUUAAUUGGUGACCAAAUCCUGGAAGUAGCUGAAAGCUUUGUCUACCUCGGGAGUUGUAUAACUGCUGGCGGAGAGGUCCAAAGAGAACUGCUUUUGCGCCGUCGUUGCCGAGCCUCUCCCAUUGAAGUGGUUCGAAUUGACAAGAAACUUCGUCGUCUGGAUGCCUAUUUCCGUCGAGAAGAUCGUCGCCGUCGCUCUGCAGAUGAUUUGGACACAGGCACUGUCAGAAAACGUGCUGCAGUUAGUUUAGCUGUUGUGCCGGACUCUGACAGUGAUGAUGGGGAGAUAUGGGAUGCAGAAUAUCCCAAGGGUUGGGGUCCAGACAAUCGAUCCGUUUCCGGCCGUCGUACUCAUCCGUUCUCCAUGUCACCGGCCAUUCAUUCUGAUCCAGAACCCAGUUUGGAUUGGUGGCGAACAGUUCAGGAAGAAACUGAAGAGGCUGAAGGAAAGGAAUGGAACACAUGCCCCGAGGGUUAUGACUAUGCCGAUGCCGAACGGGCACGAAACAUGCUUCGGGGGGAUGUUUGGCAACGCGAUACGCGAACUGACCUCUUCGGGGACCCACGACAACGACAGACUCACGUCAGUUUGAGCCAAUGCCUUUUUGGUUUGGAUGAUGAAGAUGAAGAUGAUGACGCAGAUGAGGUCAGUGAUGAUGAUGAUGACGAUGAUGAUGAUGUAGAUGCGUUAGCCGAACAGCGUUCGUCCUCGGACCAAUCCACGGAUGACGAAGAGGACCCGACAGCGGACUCAGUUGAUCUAUCCGGGACGUGUUGGGAUCCAUUGCGUGAAUUCAUGUGA